AUGGUGUCACACCUGAGAGAGCUGGAUCUGAGCUACAAUCACCCAGGACAAUCAGGAGUCCAGCUGCUCAAACACAUACUGGAGAAUCCAAACUAUAAACUACAGAUACUCAAUGUGGAUAAUGGAGAACAUUUAAGAAUCACACCAGGACUGAGAAAACAUGCCUGUAAUAUCACACUGGAUCCAAACACAGCACACACUCAGCUUGUGUUGUCUGAUGAGAAGAGGAAGAUUAUACAUGUGGCAGAACCGCAGCCGUAUCCUGAUCAUCCAGAUAGAUUUGAUAGCUGUGAGCAGGUUCUGAGUGUUGAGAGUCUGACUGGACGCUGUUACUGGGAGGUUGAAUGGAGUGGGAAGGGUGCUGAAAAAUUUGUGUCAUAUAAAGGCAUCAGGAGGAAAGGAGUGAGUGAUUGCUGGUUUGGAUACAAUGACAAAUCCUGGAGUCUGUACUGCUGUGCUAAUGAAUUCACUAUCUGGCACAGUAAUGUGAGCAAUAAUAUACCCUUUCUUUUAUCCUCUAAUAGAGUAGGAGUGUAUGUGGACAUGUUGGCCGGUUCUCUGUCCUUCUAUAGCGUCUCUGACACACACACACUCACACACCUACACACAUUCAACACCACAUUCACUGAACCCCUCUAUGCUGGAUUUGCAGUUUAUGCUGAUUCUUCAGUGUCUCUUUGUCAGACUGAACAGCUUGCUGUGAGAAACAACUGAGACAAGCUCUCACUUUUCCCUGUCACAUUUUUUCCUUUAUUUUUUAAAUUAAACAACUAACGCAGUGCUUCAAUCUUGGUCCCGGAGACCCACCACUCUGCACAUUUUCUCCCUUACUUGAUUCAGAUCAUCAGCUCAUUAGGAGAGAGCUCCAUUAACUGAACUGAAUGUGUUAGAUAAGAGAGACAUUCAAAAUGUGCAUAGCAGGGGGUCUUCAGGACCAGGAUUGAAAAGCACUUAAUUUAAAACUAAAAAUUACAGCUUUGUUGCUUUAGCUUAUAGGUCAUCUACAUGCUAGUGUACAUCUGAAUGUUGUCCAGACCUGUUUGUUUUUACAAAAUAUAUCUAUAAAAAAUACUAUCACAUGGAAAGAGUGUGUGUGCACAUCCAGGACUUUGAGUGCAUAGACACGAGAUAUUUCUGUUUUGUUGGAGACUCGUACAAAUUGCUGCUCACUGGGAUGUUGAGAAUACAGAAGAUUGUUAGUCCAGAAGGGAGAGUAAAGCUGAAGUAUAUUUAUGAAUUUUUCAGGUCUCGUCUGAGCAGAAGCACUAGAGGAAUGUUUUUGAUGCCAGGAUUGAUUAAUUUAUUGCAGGAUUGCAAGUGUAAAAGUUAAUAAUUUAAAUAAUAUCUGAGAAAGUCAUAUAUUGUUUUUUUUUAUUAUUAUUUUGUUGCUACAUCGACAUCUUAUGGGAAAAUGAAAAUAUUCUCAGUAACAUGUUUUGUAUUGGGUUUUUAAAACCAUUUGGUCAAAGAACCUAAAAAUGUGCUUUCUUGUGCUAACAUGCUUUAUUCAAGUGAAAAUAAAUGAUCAAUUACAGCUUUUAUUCAAGUAAAAAAAUGAUUUCCAGUUGAUGAAUAUGACUGACUUCAUUAGGUAGCUGCAGCUCUUUAAUGUAACAGCUGCACAAUUUAACACUGGGUUACUGGUUUGCUUCACACAUUCAGUGUCUGUACUGUUACAUCUGCAAAGUUUAGAUUCAGGUCUGAGAGCUUCAGAUUAGUGCAUUGAACAUGACUGCAUGCUAACAAACACACAGGAUUUGAACAAUACAAUUAAUAUCUGAACAUUCAACAGGGCUCUGUGUUGUCUGAAAAGCCCUGCUGACUGCAUGGUUGUCUGUUAGUCACUCAACUGUGUGGGGGUUCCCCAUUUGAUGCAUUUGAUGACUGCUUUUGACAUCAAUUAAUGUGCAGCUCAAAUACACUGUUUUGAUGUUUAACAUCUAUAAAUUGGAUGCUGUCUGUGGAACUGUCAGAUUAACAUCACAUAAUUCACCCAUUUCUCCUGAAACACAUGAAAGUAAGUGGCCAUUAACUGGGAGAAAACAAAGUAAGCUUUAUAUUAACCGACACUGUGUGUAUAUGAUAGGAAUGAAAUGUCAGUUGAAAGGAUUGUUAUUGCCGCUUUCCAUGGAAAUUUGUGUAUUUACCAAGCUAUAAAUUUCUUUUUUGUUGUUGUUGUUGCUAGUACUAGUGCCUGUGCAUUUUAGAGUCUUUAAACAACUUAGCUCCCUCAUAUUUAUCUGAACUGCUUUCCUUACAUAACCCCUCUCGAACUCUUAGAUCUAGUAAUCUUAGAUUGCUCACCGUUCCUAGAGUUAAAUGAAAGAAAAGGGGUGAACGUGCCUUCGCUGUUGUAGGCCCUAUAAACUCCGGAAUAGCCUACCAGUUCAUGUUAGAUCUGCUGCUGCUUUACAGGUUUUUAUAUCUCUACUCAAAACACAUGACUUCUCCAUCGCUUACAAUGUCCCCUGACGUUCCAUCUCUGUACUCGAUUUUUGAUGACAAUUCUGGUUUUAUUUCUUAUAUUUUGUUAUAUAUUUUAAAUGUGGAUAUGAUUUUGGGUUUUAGCUGUGAUUUAGUUUUUUUUUUUUUUUUUUUUUUUUUUUUGAUGCUCUGUUUACUAUUUAUUUUAUUUUGAUGCUGUAAAACACAUUGGUCAGCUGCUGCUGUUGUAAAUGGAGCUAUAUAAAUAAAUUGAACUUGAACUUAAUUGAAAUGUCUAUUUAAAUGUCUGAAACCUAAACUACACUUUUUGUGGCUGAAAACCCUGAACAGUUAAGGCUCUGGCUCAGCGUCAGCCUAAGCGCGUCAAAGGGUUUUUAAAUCGAUCGCAUUAUAUGGGUGGAGGGAGACAAAAUGACCCUGGGGGGCACAAAUCAGAUUUGAGGAGGCAAUGCUAAGACUGAAUGUUAAAAUGCGAAUUAACACCUGAUUUCUUGUGGGUUUGCUACUGUUAUAGUUAAAAAUCAUAGAGGGGUAAGCAUGCCA